AUGGAGAGAGUGGAGAACAAAGUGCUGCUGGAUAUACCCGAACGUAUCCGGAAGAAAGAUAAAGUGGCUCUUGAAUCCCAAGUGAAUGAAAGAAAGAAAAAAGAAGAGGCAGUGUCACUAAAAGCAUAUGCUGCAGAAGUGGUGUGUAACGACAAGGCCGCCUGUCUACUUAAACAACGCCAACUCAAGGAAGAGCGUCUGCUGCAGGGAGCCAUAGAGGACUUCUGGCUGAACUUCCAGCCGCGGUGUAGCCGGCGUGAGUAUGACUUAAACAACCCGGACAAAGUUAUGAAUCAGGACGGGAUCCAGAUGCUGCCGGGGCUUGUGGGUGAGGACCCAGACAGCCAGGGGAGGCUGAAGAAGCAGCAGGAGCAGCUCAGAGAGUGGUCCGUCCAGCAGCAACAUGAGCUGGCCACAGCACGACACCAGCAGAGACUGGAAGAGCAGCAGUAUGACCAGGACAGAGUGGACCUGGACAUCCAAGCUCUUCAGCUCCAGAAGAUCGAGGAAGAAAGGAGGAGAUCUGCAGCCCUGGCUACAAAGGAUUUCAAUCUGGCAAAGGCAGCAGAGAAUGCAGAGAAGCAGUGGAAAAAGUGGCAGCAGGAGAAGGAGGACAACAGGACAGACAUCCUAAAUCAGCUUCAGGGGGAGCUGCUGAGUAAGAGCCAGGAGCAGGGCAUCAGUGUGCUGGGUCUACCCCACCUCAGGGCUGACAGUUGCAAGGGCCUCACAAACGAGCAGCUGCAGCACGUCAUCGACUGCCAUCAGCAACGGAUAGAGGAGAAGAGUGCUGAGCAGCAGAAGGAGGAGCUCCACCAUGACCGAUUCUGUGUGACCUCAGCUCGCACCGCCCUACUACUGGAGAGACGGCAGGCCCGCAUUAACAAGCAGCUCCGACGCACCCUGGAUAGCGCCAAUGCACAGCUGUCUGAGGCCCACCGUGAACAGAAAAAGUACUUGGAUAAUGUGUACACUAACAUCCCAGAUGACAGUUAUUUCUCCCAGUUCAACACCAGCAGUCGAUAAAGUUUAACAGGGUCGUGCACUAUUGGAGAGAUACAUUUAUUGUCUAUGGAAAUAAUAAAUGAUUUGAUCACAGCAAAGAAAGUAUAAUAGUAAUAAUCUGAUGUUUUCUUUCAAUUUACUCAAUGUUUUCACUACUUACCAAAUACAAUCAAAACUCUUCAUAGAGAAUUGUGUGUCCAUGCUUAAGGCUGCCUACUGUUCUACAUUAAUUUUUCAUAAUGUGUAUGUGCCUAAUCAGAAUGCUAAAGUGUGUACCUUGUUAAAAUAGGUAUAAUGAAUGAAUUGUAGCUCAUUUCCAGACUAAAUCUGAAAAAGAAAAAACAUGACCAUGUUCUCCAUUAAAUCCCAUAACAAAAUCAUGUUUGCUUUCUUAAAUACAUUAUCGGCCUCCAAUACAAUUAAAUAAAUCAAAGACUAGCUAGUCAGUUUAUACAGUGUAAGCAUUUUCACACAGUGCACCUUAUGCCACUAUUACCAUAUAGAGCCUCCCUGAAUUCGCAAUUAAAAUGCAAAUACAAUCUUCCGCAACAGAAGAAAAAAAAUUGUCAAAUGCCUUUGUAUGAAAACAAACAGUGUCCUUUCAUGACUAUUUGACUAGUGAAUUUCACUCCUGUCAACUCUUGUCAGGGGCCUCCAUUUUGUGGGAACUGACAGCACUGUGGAGUGUUAUACAAACCACAUCCACUGGAGGGCGAUAUGAGCUUGUUCUCUUUUUCUUCUCAAACAUAAUUUGCCAAACUGUCUGAAGCUCUGUAUUCAUAUGAAAUAAUGUUUCA